AUGAUGGGAUGUGAAUGCGUAUCACCGCCACCGGAAUUUGAUAUUCCACCACCACCGGAUCCUACAUUGAUUUGGCAUUUGCUUUCUGAUGAACUUGCUGAUGAACUUACACAGAUUCAGCAAUGUGACGCGGAUCAAAAAGCAACAUCUCAUGACGAAGUAUCUUUUGUAUUUUCCAGUCUACCUGAUUACCUUUUAUAUGCCUUACUUGCAUCCGGUGCGCUAAUUUCUGCUGCCUUAUUAGUCGUCAUUAUAUUCAUCCAAAUACGAAGGUUGGCUAUAAUAUCGCAAUUAAAAAUCGCCGAUACAUUUUUGGCUUAUAUCAUAAAAACGAUUGAUUUGAGUGGUAGUUUAGAAAUACAGGUAAUAUGGUGUCUGGCUUUGGCCUUAUUACCAUCAUUCGUCUUAAUUUGCAUCCCGUCAAGUACCAAAUUUGGUCAGUUAGUGGAAAGCGAUUCAUUACCACCCGCCUGCCAUAUCAAUAAAUCACAUUUGCAUGCUCCCGUGUGUUAUUGUUGUUUGGGUUAUCCAUACAUUCUACCCGCACCAAUCCAUAUGUUUCUCCAUUUAUGGGAAUGA